AAGAUGUUUUACGCUUUUGUUUCUUUGUUUUUUUUUUUUUUUUACUAAGGUCAAGUCAUGGGUGACUGGUCCAUUCUUGGGCGUUUUCUGUCGGAGGUCCAGAAUCAUUCUACAGUGAUAGGCAAGAUCUGGCUCACUAUGCUGCUCAUUUUCCGCAUCCUGCUGGUAGCCUUGGUGGGAGACGCCGUCUACAACGAUGAGCAGUCCAAAUUCACCUGCAAUACCCAGCAGCCUGGAUGCAACAAUGUCUGUUAUGACACAUUUGCACCUGUGUCCCAUCUGAGGUUCUGGGUUUUUCAAAUUGUGCUAGUCUCCACUCCGUCGAUAUUCUACAUCGUAUUUGUUUUGCAUAAAAUUGCCAAAGAUGAGAAGCUGGAUGGACAACGGGGGCAGGUGUUAAGGCAAAGGUCUUCAAGGCAAGGUGCUGACCAGAAGGACGGCAAGGAGGCGAUGAGGGUGGGUGUGCCGACUUACUGUCCUCAUUUUAGGGAUGAUUGGGAUGAGAGCGAAAGAGUGCAACAAAGCUUCCUGGAGGAGGGUCGUGGUGCACUCGCAGAAGAUCCCACCGAACAAUCUCACCAGGUUCUACUCAUCUACAUUCUUCACGUGUUACUUCGAUCCAUCAUGGAAAUCACCUUCCUAGUGGGCCAGUAUUUGUUAUUUGGCUUUGAGGUUCCUCACCUCUUCCGUUGCGAGACCUACCCCUGCCCAACUCGCACAGACUGUUUUGUGUCCCGUGCCACUGAGAAAACCAUUUUCCUCAACUUUAUGUUUAGCAUCAGCCUGGGCUGCUUUGUGCUCAACAUUGCAGAGCUUCACUACCUGGGCUGGGUCUACAUUAUCCGUGUCCUCUGCUCAGCCUGCUCCAACUGUUGCAGUCAGGAGAAGGAUCCGGAUAAACUGUACUCCAAGCAAAACCCCCUAUUGCUUCAACUCAGGCAUUCUCUGAGAGGUCAGCUGGUUCUGCAGACCAGAUCGGCCAUGGCUCAAGAGAAGACGGGGGGUUUGCUCACACGUGCCCCGGCGAUCUCUUUUGAGACAGACUCAACUGUGGAAUGCACCUCAAAGAGGAGUCCAGAGAACACAGACAAGGUGAAGGUCAAGUUGGCCAACAUGGCCAGGUUGGGACGAACUAAGAAGUCUUGGCUGUGACAGCUUUGUGGUCAUGCUAUAAAAUAUGUGUUGUCUUGUUUUUCAUAUGUACCCCAUUCAUUCAUCUACUCAACUCCUAGCAAAAAUAUUGUGAACAUACUGUAGUAGUAUGCAGGUUCAGCUUAAUACAACCAUUUGGAAUGGGUAUAAUCGGAGAUGAUUCGCUGAUUGUGAAUAAUGGUCUUGAUUAUGUUGAAGUGAGUGUUGAUUGAACAUGUCCGCUAUGGUAUUUUUAGAUUUAAUGUUCAUUGUUCAAAUAAUUGCUGAAGUAAAUGCAUGCAGAUAUAAUUAAAAACAGUUAAUUAAUGGGUUGCAAAUUUUCUUAAUUGCGAUCAAUGUGACCAAUCAAUGUGAUCAAUGAAGCCCAAAACAAUGUGAUCUAUCUAUCUAUCUAUCUAUCUAUCUAUCUAUCUAUCUAUCUAUCUAU